AUGGACAUCAGCUCCCUACUCUCGCCGCAGGAUUCAAAUUCGCAAUCCGGGCGCUCAACGCCUACAGCUGCUUCUGUGUCCGGCAACGCAUCAGCCCCAUCCGCUGGUCCGCCUCCGAAGCCCCUGCGCAAGAAUCGCGCAGGCACGACGAGGCAGGCCAUGACGUCCUCGCCGCUGGCACAGCACGUUUACGCCCCAACCAAUAUUCCCGAGCCGUCCCCGCCCGCUAUAAGUCCUACCUCUGGUCCAAACAUGAGCGGUGGAAAUGGAACCCCCCCGGCCGCAGAGUUGCCCACUCCAAGGCAGCCAUCCACCCCAGGAAUGGAUACCCUCGCCGACCUGGCCUCGAUGCAGCACCACCAGCCUCAGCGCUCCAGUGCCCCCCUCCUACGAAGCACCGAAUCCUACGAAAGCCAGCUCUCUCCGUCGACCAUGUUCCCGAACGUUGGCUCGAUCGCUCACAAUACUCCCACCCCCCGCUCGUCGUUCGAUAUCGCUAUGUCUGAUGUCCCCAGGGAAAGUGCUCGGAGGAAUUAUGUCGACACAUCAUUGGUCCCCAAUGCUCAGCGUCUCGCGACUGAGCUCUUCAGUCAGAUCCAGGAGAAUCCACAUUCCUACGAGGCGCACGUGAACUUCAUCCGGCUCCUCCAUACGGGAUUCGUCAACCAUGUUUACCCGCCCAGUAACCCAGAUAUCCAUGGGGAUCCUAGGAAAUAUGAUCUUUUGAAAGAUAUGCGGACAGCCCGUGAAGAGAUGGACAAGCUCUUUGCCAUGGGCGAGGAUCUGUGGGCAGAGUGGAUUCAAGACGAGAGCAUGUUGGCACAAAGCGUAGAGGAGCGCAUAGCAGUUAUGGAGCUUUGCCAGCGGUCAAUCGAGGAAGAAUAUGGCAGCACCAAAUUGUGGAGCAUCUACGGGGAAUGGGUUCUAUAUCUCUACAACUCGGCACAUGGCGAAGCUGGACAAAGUCAAUGGUCGGAAGAGGAUCGUAUAGUUGGGCGCGAGGUCUUCUCCUGGCAGUCGGUUCUUGAUGUGUUCCAAAGAGGUUCCGAGGCUACCCGGUGGAGAAUUCACGACAGCCACCUCGUCUGGGAUCGAUUGCUGGAGUUGCGAGUUCAAGAUCUGGCUCGGAACCCCUCCCAGGAGAAAAUAGGACACGUGAGGAACCUAUUUGACAUUCGACUGCAAACUCCUCAUGCCACCUGGGACCAAACUUUCCAGGCCUUUUCUGGAUUCAUUUCGACUUAUUACAACGCAAACUAUGAGAGCAUUAUGGCAGAUACAGCGGAGCGCUAUGCAACCGCAACCAAGGAAAAGUAUGCCGCUCGUGAACAUUUCGAAACCAGGCUGCACAGUGUUGCCGAGUUGGGUGACAAGAGUAUCGAGUGGACCAUAUUUGCCGAAUAUAUCGACUGGGAAAUCAGUCGCAACCUCCGGAAACGCCAUUCCAAUUUUGACCUGGUCAAUGCCGUCUUCCAGCGUGCAGUGCUACGCUUUCCCACCGACGCUAACAUAUGGGAGGACUUCAUCAUGUUCCUGAUUGACGAAUCGAUGCACGGGAAUGCGAACACUACCACAAUCUCCACACUCGACCGAGCGACUCGCCAUUGCCCUUGCUCUGGCACCCUUUGGUCCCAAUAUCUCAUUAGUUCGGAGAGAGAAGGACAGUCAUUUGCCAAGAUUGCGGACAUCAAACACAAGGCUACAAGCACGGGUCUUCUCGAUGCCGGUGGGAUGGAGGAGGUUCUCAAGGUCCACACUGCAUGGUGCAGCUACCUUCGCCGGCGAGCUUUCAUGUCAGACUCCACCGAUGAGGAUAUAGAUGUUGCAGAGGUCGGGAUCCGUUCCGCAAUUGAGAGUGUGCAGGAACUCGGAGAGAAGAAAUACGGACGUUCGUACCAAGGUGAUCCCCUCUUCCGGCUCGAACGAAUCUACAUCCGUUAUCUUAGCGAGAGUGGCAGCUGGGACAGUGCCCGUGAAACAUUCAAGGGACUUGUGGGGCGCCGGGGGAACAGCUAUGAGUUCUGGCUCACUUAUUAUGAGUGGGAGUUGAUCUCAUGGAGCAAGUUUGUACAGGGUGAGGCGACUGUCGAUGCUGCCCGCCGAACCCCUAAUCCCAGCUAUGCCACUGCAGUGUUGAAACAGGCGAUCCAGAGGACAGAUCUCGAUUGGCCAGAGAAGAUUGUGCAGACAUACAUUGCUCACUGUGAAGACUACGAAGACUCGGAUGAACUGCAGCUUGCGAUUCUGGAAACACGGAAGGCCAUGCGAGCCGUCACCGCGCGACGAGAACGAGAAGCUCGAGAAGCUCAAGAAGCCGCAGCCCAGCAACAAGUCCAGCAGGCAGCAGCAGCCGAGAUGGCCACGCAACCUGAGAAGCGGAAGCGAGACGACGAAACCCUCAACGGUCUUCCCACGAAGAGACCACGGGCAGACGAACCGAUACUUUCUACUACGGAAUUAGAGCCAGUUGGCCUUCGUCGGGAUCGCGAGAAUGCUACAGUAGUCGUGAAGAACUUGCCUCAUCAGAUUACGGAGCACAAGGUGCGGCAAUUCUUCCGCCAUUGUGGAGUGAUCAACGGUGUGAAAAUGUUCACUAGUAAAGAUCAGAAAUCCGAGGUUGCCAUUAUCGAGUUCAACACGAGAGACGAGGCCCUCGUUGCUCAAACACGUGAUCAGAAGACCGUUGACGAGAACACGAUCGAAGUGCAGAUUGGAUCUGGAUCCACGCUCUUUGUCACCAACUUCCCUCCGACUGCUGAUGAGAAAUACAUUCGCGACCUGUUUUGUGAGUUCGGCGAGAUCAUCGAUAUCCGAUUCCCGUCGCUCAAAUAUAACACGCAUCGGCGGUUUUGCUAUGUGCAGUUCAAGGAAUCCGAACAGGCAUACAAUGCCAUCAAGUUAGAUGGAACCACGGUGGGCCAGAACCUACAGUUGGUAGCCAAGAUCUCCGACCCCUCGCGAAAACAGGAGCGCCACGGUCCCAUGUACGAAGGACGGGAGGUUCACGUGUCGAAUAUCGACUGGAAAGCCAACGAAGACGAACUGAAAGAGCUGUUCUCGAAGUAUGGAAUUGUGGAGCUGGUGCGCAUCCCGCGUAAGGUUGACGGUGGUAGCAAGGGCUUCGGCUAUGUCGUAUUCUCUUCUAAGGAAGAAGCGAUUGCUGCGUUGGCGUUGCACGAGCAAGAGUUUCGCUCGCGCCGACUCAAUGUGAAGAUCUCCGCGCCGCAAGGGGCGAAGCGUAGUGCGACCACCAUCGUGUCCCGUGUUGGGAAAUCCCAGUCCCCGGCUCCCGAGGCAAACGGCACGAAGGAUGAACCGGGCGAAAGGGACGCUGCCAGCGGCGAAAGAACAGCGCGGACACUGGGACUAAUGAAUGUCCCCGACACGGUCAACGAUGCGCGUAUCCGGAGCCUCGUCGAGCCGUAUGGAAAGCUGGUCAAGGUGAUCCUUCGACCGGAUCACCAAGGGGCGAUUGUCGAGUUUGCCGAUGUUCAGCAUGCUGGCAAAGCGUCUUUGGAGCUCGAGAGCCAAGAGAUUGCGCCGGGUCGGAGACUGCACGUGGGGACAGUGACAGAGAUGCUUCGACAGUCGGCGGAGAAGAAGAGCAACAAUGCCGCUUCCGCAGCCAAGCGGAAGGCGCCCAAGAGUGGGGGGUUGCUCCAAUCUAGCGGACCCAUCAAACGUCCACCGCAACCGGGCGCGCGCGGCGGCAAGCGUGGAGGAUUAGGGGUGAAGCGCGGCAACGUGGGCACCCAGGGGGAGGACCGAGGAGAGAAAACGAUAACGACGAUGACGAUGACGACGGACGGUGCUUCCCCGGGCUCGGGGCAUACCACGAAAAAGAGCAACGAUGACUUCCGUGCUAUGAUCCAGCGGAGUUGA